UUGCAUGGGAAACUGAAACAGGAGCCUGAACAAAAAUCUUCUCACUGAUUUCAUUUUUUCCUUCUUUGUCUUGCCAGUAAACAGAAGAAAAGAAAAGUGUAACAAAGUACAAAUAAGAAAGAAUCGGGUUAGACAGGCAAUAUCAAGUGAAGUCUAACGUUUGUGGUUAACCAAAAAGAACGUGGAAGGGUUUGGACUUGUGAUACAAAAAACACUGCAAAGAUAAUGAAACAGAAAUAGACAGGCAUGUUCUGCAGCUGGAAAAGUACACACUGACAAGGAGCCAAGAAACAGCUAGCAAGGGAAAGAAAAGGCUGAAGCAUCUAGUAUUUCAAUAAACAGAAGAAAAGAAAAGUGUAACAAAGUACAAAUAAGAAAGAAUCGGGUUAGACAGGCAAUAUCAAGUGAAGUCUGACGUUUAUGGUUAACCAAAAAGAACGUGGAAGGGUUUGGACUUGUGAUACCAAAAACACUGCAAAGAUAAUGAAACAGAAAUAGACAGGCAUGUUCUGCAGCUGGAAAAGUACACACUGACAAGGAGCCAAGAAACAGCUAGCAAGGGAAAGGAAAGGCUGAAGCAUCUAGUAUUUCAAAUGGUUCGCCUCAAGAUUUGGGCUCGACGUCUUUUGUUCGUAGUGGUGGUAGCACAUAUAUGCCUAUUUAUGCAGAUGUGGAAGAACAUAAAGAAUAUGUAUGUUACCUUGGGAGGCAAACAUAAUCAAGAGUAUUUCAAAGACAGAUAUGAUUUUCUUAUCUUACCAGAUGCACAGUGCCAAGAGAAUCCUCCAUUUCUGGUCAUUCUUGUAACUACAACUCAUGAUCAGUUUAAUUCCAGAAUGGUUAUUCGAAAAACAUGGGGGAAAAUGAGAUACAUAAAAAGCAGAAGAAUUGUCACUUAUUUUCUCCUUGGAACUACAGCCAGCCUUGCUUAUCAGUCUUCAGUACUGAAUGAAAGUGCCCAAUAUGGGGAUCUUCUUCAAAUGAACUUCACAGAUACCUACCGCAACCUGACUUUAAAGACAGUGCUGGCAAUGAAAUGGGUUCACCAGUUUUGUUCCUCAUCUAGCUUUGUGAUGAAGACAGACACAGAUAUGUUUGUCAAUGUUUUUUAUCUUACAAAGCUCUUGCUAUGGAGGAAAAGAAUAAGCAAUUUUGUGACUGGUUUCCUAAAAAUGAAUGAAAAACCGAUAAGGAUAAAAACAAGCAAGUGGUACAUCAGCAAAGAUGAAUACCCGCUAGAGGUUUACCCAACCUUUUGCUCAGGUACAGGUUAUGUUUUGUCAACUGAUGUGACAAGCAAAAUUUAUAAUGUUUCACAUACUGUCCCCAUUGUAAGCCUAGAGGAUGUAUAUGUUGGAUUAUGCCUUGCCAGAUUACAUAUAAUUCCAGAGGACCUCUACAUACAAGAUGUUUUUUUUACUGAUAAACUUGAAUUUUCUGUGUGCAAAUUCCGUAAAAUUGUAACAGCUCAUUAUGUAACUUCUUCUGAGUUAUUGCACUACUGGAAAGAACUUGAAAGGUCCAAAGACAUGAUAUGCAAGUCAUAAUAUGUGGCAAUAAAAUGGAAAAUUAAUUUAAUUGAUCUGAAUAAUGUAAAUUAAAUUAAAUUAAAUACAUCUUUGUACCAGAAUAAAAGAGAGUAUUUUCAUGAAGUCCAGGGAUGUACUUCAAAACUUUAAUUAUUCAGGAGCACAUGCCUUGUCUAUCUAACACUAUAGGAAUAAUCAGAACUAAGACCUUCAAUAUUUUUGAGAAGAUAAAUUCUUACCCGAGAUGUUUUGAAUAAAGAAAUUAAAACAUUAAGCCAGGAGUUAUGUUCUGUAGAGUCAAGUGCUCUGAACAAAUCAUCAUCAUCACCAU